AUGAAAUCAAAUUCUAAUCAAGAAGCAAAGGAAGAACUGGCUAAGCAUUCCCAAAGAGACAGUGUGGGUGGGACCUCUACAGUUUUCCAGCUCAAGGAGGCCAUAAGGUUUAUUAGCAAUAAUUUCUGUUUUGAAGUAGAAGCCAAGGAGAUUGGGCACUUGACUUUGGUCUCUGAACUGAUGGAGGAGGGAGGAAAGGCUUGGAAUAAUGAACUUAUCAAGGAGCUGUUUGAAGACUCAGUGGUUCAACUGAUUCUGAAAAUGAAGAAGUUAGAUCCAAACAAAGUUGAAGGAAGAUCUUCCGCUGCUAAGGAUAAGUUAGCAAGGAAAAGAUGUUGGAAUUUAGAUGUUAAAGGUAAGCCAAAGCAUUUUAGCUUCCACAGUUUGGAGACUAUCAGCCUUGGACUGCUACUUCUGUUAAAAGAAAAAGGAAAAUUUCAAAGAUUGGUGGUGAAAAAGGAAAAUUUCAAUGAUUGGUGGUGGCAAGUCUCAGCUCUUGACAAAUCAGAGAUCUCAGAAGCCCGUAUUCAGCUCUCCAUCUACAUCUUAUGGUGGCUAUGGAAGGCCAAAAACUUGUGGGUGUUCCAGGAUGUAUGGUUACCUGAAANCACCACCCCACUCAACGCCUCCCGAUUCUCCGACUCCUUCCUCCGGGCCCGCGCCUCCGGCCUCGACGUCCGCACCCUCGUCAUCCCCUUCCCCACCCGCGAUCUCCCCACCGGCUGCGAGAGCCUCGACUCCCUCCCGUCCCCGGCCCUCCUCCGCACCUUCUACGCGGCCCUCGACUCCCUCGAGGCCCCACUCGAGGCCCGACUCCUCCAUUCCCUCCACCCGCCGCCGAGCUGCGUGAUCUCCGACAGGUGCCUGCCGUGGACGGCCCGUACGGCGCGGAGGUUCGGAGUGCCGAGGCUCGUUUUCCACGGGAUGAGCUGCUUCGCGCUGCUGGGGACGCACAACGUGAGGGUGAGUGGGGCCCACCUGGUGGAGCGGCCGGAGAAGGAGGAGUUUGAGAUACCGGGGAUGCCGGUUAUGAAUGGGGUGAUGAGGAUAGCGAGGGGGCAGCUGCCGGGGUCAUUGGUGGCGAUGCCGGAGCUGGAUGAUAUAAGGGGAAGGAUGGCGGAGGCGGAGUCGAGCGCGUACGGGGUCAUCGUGAAUAGCUUCGAGGAGCUUGAAGGGGGCUGCGUGGAGGAGUAUAGGAAGGUGGUGAAUAACAGGGUGUGGUGCACUGGACCGGUUUCUCUAUGUAACAGGGAUAUAAGGGACAAAUUGGAGAGAGGUAAGAAAGCCUCAAUCGACGAAACCAAGUGCCUGCAGUGGCUGGACUCGAAGAAGCCAAAAUCCGUGCUCUACGCCUGCCUCGGCAGCCAGUGCCGAUUGGUCCCCGCCCAACUAACCAAACUCGGGCUUGGCCUGGAGGAAUCCGGACGUCCCUUCAUCUGGGUCAUCAAAACCGGUGCCGACAGGUCAGAGGAGGUCGAAAACUGGUUGGCAGUCGAGAAAUUCGAAGAGAGGGUCCAGGGGAGGGGCCUCCUCAUCAAGGGGUGGGCCCCACAAAUCCUGAUCCUGUCCCACCCGUCAGUAGGCGGGUUCCUGACGCACUGUGGAUGGAACUCGACCAUAGAAGGGGUGUGCUCGGGUGUGCCCAUGAUCACGUGGCCCAUGUUCGCCGAGCAAUUUUUGAACGAGAAAUUGGUUGUUGAGGUUUUGAGAAUAGGGGUUCGGGUUGGAGUCGAGCUGUCAGUCAGGUGGGGGGAGGAGGAGAGAGUCGGGGUAUUGGUGGGGAAAGAAGGGGUCGGUAGUGCUAUAGAGACGUUGAUGGGCGGAGGCCAAGAGGGGGAGAAGAGGAGGAUGCGGUCGCAGGAGCUAAGGGCGGUGGCCAAUAGUAAGAUGGAGAAUGGCGGGUCGGCUCAUCGUAAUAUAUUGGCUUUGAUUCGAGACAUCAUGGAGCAUCAAACCCGAGUUAGGCAUUGAUGUGUGACAUAUCUCAUCUUCCCAUAUAUAUUAAUUAUUAAAAAUGUGUCGAGUUUAAUCUGUAUAAACAUUAUUGCUUUGGAAUCAGAUUUAGUACUUCACAUAAAUAUUUUAUUUGUAAUUUUGGUAAGUAUGCAUUUGUUUAAUUUUGUCC